AAUAGGUCUUAUAAAAGAUUUAAGAGAACAGUUUUCACAUAAAUUUGAAGUUAAAAAAGGGGUUGAAAAAUCUUGUAAAAUUAAACAUAAGGCACAAACAAUUAAUACAGAAUUUCAUAAAAUCAUGACACCCCCGUUUCCAGAAACGGUUAAAAAGAAGAGGUUAAAAAGCGAGUAUCUCAACCUGAUACCAACUGUUAAGGGCGAGCCUGAAGUGUUAGCAAGGUUCAUUGGUAUUUGUCAAAAAUCAAAAAUUACAUAGUGAUGAAUCUGGGCGAUUUUCAAAAUGAGUAUUUAUUAGCAAGUUUCAAUUCGAAAAUUGAGGGACCGGCGGCGGAAAUAGACUUCAACUCAGGCGCAAGUAGUUGGCCUGAAAUAAAAAAUGCAUUGUUAACCAGUUACUCAGACAAGAGGGACAUUUACACCCUAGUCCUUGAACUUUCGGAAUUAAAACAAACUAACGAGAGUCCUUUUCAAUUUCUUGAAAAGAUUCAAAAACUUUUAAAUCUACAAAUUAGUUAGGUGAUGAGACACGCUGGACGAAUGACGACGAACGUCCGCGGCCGGAAAUUUUGGAGGCAGAAGAGAGCGCGAGGUGGACGAAACACACGUUUUGAUAUAUGGCGCUGAUACAGAGUCAGCUGGAGGCAGUUCUUUAAGUAUUAACUCUUGACAGUCAACUCAAUUCGAGUCCAAGACUUUGGCUAAAUGACUGAGCCCGGUUGACUGAACCUUUUCGUUAUUACCAAUUAUCCCUUUUGGUUUUCCAAUAAGAGGAGCGGGAAGGAAGAGCAAAAUCCGUUGGGCCUGCAAGGGUUGAUCCUGAUGACCUGGCCGCCCGCGCGACAUCUCGUAAUUCGAGGGAGCUGCCAUUAUGCAUCCCCUGAUUUUGUCGAUGGCGUUCCGGGAAAGGUGUUCAAAGCCCAUCCCAUUUUAAAGGGACCCUCUACAAGAUGAGCCCGGUCCGCGAUGAACGGCUAUCCUCAGUAAUAAAUCGUUGCCUUUUUUGUUAUUUAUUCGGGCUAUUCGCUUCUCACGUUUCUACAAAAUUGUUCCCUACUUGGUUGGCGAGCUGUUAGUUUUACAUCCUCAUAAAAAAAGAACAAUAUUGUCUAUAAUCCUUACAUUAACAAGUAUUGCUAACUUACUUGUUCUAACGGGGACCGACUUACAACACAGCAAUAAAAUACAAAAUUGGAAAUAAACCAAUUUGGGAUCUUGGAUCUUUACGGGAGCCAGUAGUAGAUUGGAUUCUUUAUUGAAUACCACAGUAUAACAAAAUGUGAGUUAUUUUCCUCUUCGGUUUAUGCAAAAGAGAUUUAUUCCAUUUACGUUGAGGGUUGUAACAAAAUUGGGUGCAUUAUCGGUCUUCAUGCAGUCAAUCAAUAUUGGAAAAAUGUUUUUAUUAAUAUAAAAAAUCGCGUUUUUCCGAGCUUCAUUCGCUAAGGACCCCAAAUCUUUGUAACGAUGGAAUAAUAUGUACAAGUAGGUCGAGUGGUGGGGACUUAGUUUAUAAAAUACGGUUCGCAAAUCCCCUCGUAAGUACCAAACAAAAUGUUCGGCGUUUUCGACGUUACAUCCUUCACGACAAUUCUUAUGUGUGUAUCUACUAUGUCGUCAGUAGAGCCAAGAGAAAUGGCAAAGGGAGACAUUAAAUGGAUAAUGACUGUUAUUCCAGAUGCUCUCAAGAAUUUAGCAGUCGUAACAAAUAGCAAUGCGGAGUGUAACAAACAUGGAGAACUUUACAAAAAUUGCCUCUCGAACAACUCAUUCUGGGCAGUGAAAAUGUACGAUUCGACAGCAUCUUCUCCAACAGGAUUUCUUACAAGCAGCAGCUAUAAUUUUGGCGCGUACGAUCAAUGUCUAAGCAUUGAAGUUCCUAGUUACAAUUUGAAUGGCCAAUACUGCUUGGUGUCUUUGAGUUUUCAACCUGACGCUCUGGUCUACCCAGAAUAUCAUAAAAUCCGAAAUGAUGCCGUAUACACGGAUGUAGGAGCUUUUGAAUCUGCCUGGCUUAAAUUAAAGAGAUCCAAGGACCCAAGGAUAAAAUACAGAGAUACAAUACAUUUGGCUGUUUGCGUCCCUUCGUCUUGCUCGCCUCAAGAUGUUCAGCUGGCCCUCCAAAAACUGCUCAAUCCAAUUUUAAAGCAAGGUGGAAUUGCUGGCAACAUAACUGUAGAUCCGAAAUACUGUCAGACCCUAGAAGAACGCUUGAAGCUGGACAUACACGGAUCAAUUUUCCUACUGAUCUUGGCCACCCUUACAACUUUGGUUGUAACAGCAACGCUUGUCCACAUAUUUGUUUUUAACGAUGAACAGCUAAGCAAACUGAGCAAUUGGUUUUUCAAGUUUUCACUAGUGACCAAUCUCAAAAAGCUCACAAAAUCAGAAGGUCCCAAAGAGCUACAGUUUCUCUCCGGAAUGAAAGUUUGGUCAAUGAUAAUAAUUAUUUAUGGCCAUCGACUACUGUCAAAUUUGUACAAAAAUGUACUUAAUCCAGAGGAUCAGGAAAAAAAAUAUGGACAGUUUCUGCAAACAGUUAACUUCAAUGGUGCAAUUGUUGUAAACACGUUUCUUCUCAUCAGUGGAUUUCUCUCUUACCAUAAAUACCUCUUACAAGUGGAAGAUAAAAGAAGAAUAAAUCCUUUCUUGUUUAUUCUCUUCAGGUGGUUGAGAGUGACACCAGUAUACAUGGUAGUCAUCGGCUUUUGUGCACUCAUCUUGCCCAUAAGUGAAGGAGGCCCAUUUUGGAAGAGUGAAGGGCUUACACGCUACUCUAAUUGCAGAAGAAACUGGUGGACAUAUAUAUUAUUCAUCAACAAUUAUUAUAAAACUGAGGAAGAGUGUUUGAUUCCUAGCUGGUAUCUAGCUGUGGACAUGCAAUUAUUUGUGAUUUGUACAGUUGUUGGUUACGUAACGCUAAAAAAUAGAAAAAUUGUAUCAGCUAUUAUUUCCAUUUUAUUACUAGCAUCAAUUGCCCUGCCAGCCUAUGUUUUUUACCAAGGAAAAUACAACGCUGUCAUUAAGUUUUAUUUGAACUACUUACCAAACUAUUUCCAUGAAGAAGAUUACAUAAACACAUACACAAGGACGCAUAUGAGAGCAAGCCCUUAUUUUGCAGGAAUGGCAACAGCACUUUUGUACAUACAUCUCCAAAAAAAUAAUUUCAAAUUUAACAAGUGGCAGAUGGGUACUGGGACGGUUCUAGCAGUACUUUUUACCAUCGGCACACUCCUAUCUGCCUGGAUUUUCUUCAUUCCAGGACAUGAAACAAGUCUGAUACUAAACGUACUUUAUGGAAGUUUAAACAGACUUUUAUGGGCGCUGGCACUGGCAUGGGUGAUACUGGCAGAAUCUACAACCGGAUUUGGUAUGGUUUCCCAUAUACUGAACCAAAACGUAUAUGCACCAUUGAGUAAAUUAACACUUUCCGUACUCAUCGUCCACACACCUUUGCAACAGUAUUUACUUCUUCAACAGAGGCUUCCAAACCAUUUAGAUUUAACAAUGACGAUAUGGAUGACUUGUGGCGAUGUAUUAAUAUCAUAUACGUUGGCUCUUAUUCUCUAUCUUAUCGUGGAAGCGCCAUUAUCUAAUCUGCAAGUGCUAUUGCUGAAGAAACUAUUAUCUAACAAAUAAAUCUGUUUAAAAAUGUAUUAUUUAUAAACAUUCCUAUAUUCCAUUAAAAACAUUUGCCUCUAAAAAUAAGUUUUCCCUUCUUCGAAAAACCCCGUCUUCAGUAUUAGAAGUACCGACCACUUUUUCAAUCACGAACA